UGACCCGUUGGAAUGAAAACUUAAGUUGAAGAUUACCUGGAAGGUGGGAGAUACAUAAAAGUCCUGAUCAAUAGGAAAUGGCAUCUUAUAGUUGAUGUUGUGUAUGAGCUUAUGGCGUUUAGUCCUAAUUGCACGCAUCGGAUAGUACAUGUAUGGCCUUGCUAAUGAACGAUAAUACACGCUGCUAUCGACGUAUGCGCGCGUGUGUACCUUCACGGAGAAGCGGUAGGAGCGAUUUGCCAGUAAGCUGCACUUUGUCGAGAUCCGACGACUGAUUCUCUGUUCCUGGCUGUCUAAACAUAGCAGCAUCAUGUCGAAAAAGAUCAUCUGUUUGUUUGAUGUCGAUGGCACACUCACUGAGCCACGACAGCCGAUUAGUCCCAGUAUAGAGAAGUAUCUCCUAGAAACUGUGAAGAAGGAGUUUGAUAUCGCAGUGGUUGGAGGGUCAGAUUUGUGCAAAAUUAAAGAGCAACUAAGUGGUGGAAAGCUGUUUGAAAAGUACAAGUAUGUUUUUGCAGAGAAUGGCCUUAUCGCUUUCAAGGAUGGCAAAGCUUUGCCAUCACAAUCAAUCCAGGACAUGCUCGGAGAGGAUGCGCUGCAGGACUUUCUGAAUUUUGUAUUGCAUUACAUAUCUGAGUUGAAGUUACCGUUCAAGCGUGGAACUUUUGUAGAAUUCCGCACAGGUAUGUUGAAUGUCUCGCCAGUAGGACGAAACUGCACCAAGAAAGAGCGCGAACUAUUCAACGAGUAUGACAAUGAAAAUCACACUCGUGAGAAAUUUAUACAAGCCCUCAAGAAAGAGUUUCCCGAUUUGGCGCUCACUUACAGCAUCGGGGGACAAAUCUCUUUCGACGUGUUUCCUAUUGGUUGGGACAAAACGUAUUGCUUACGUCACAUACAAGGUUACGAUGAGAUACACUUCUUCGGCGACAAAACGGCCGAAGGUGGUAACGAUUAUGAGAUUUACGAGAGCGACUUAACGAUAGGACAUCGCGUCACGUGUCCCAAAGACACAAUUAACCAACUCAAUAUCCUCCUCACGCUCGUCAAGGAAAAUAGAGAAAAGGAGCAGCUCAGUGUGCCGAUGCAUUGUAUCUAAUCGACUGUGGCCUAAACUCGAAGUGCGUUUCUAAAUCAAGAUGUAGAGUGAUGUACAAUGCACAAGCAGGAUUCGUUCUUUUUCACGUGUAAGACUACUUAAUUUCACCCACCGAUUCUAUUGCAUUCCUGACAAUAAUAAAGGUACUUAUAAGUAUGCAACAUCUUUAAGUGAGAGUACUUUAGCGUGGGAAAUUCUACACGAAACUGUUUCCACACGUAUUUAAGGAUACGUGUCUGCUCUUUAUAUUUAUAUAUGUUUUUAUUAUAGUUUGAUAUGCAGAUGUUAUGAAUGUUGAAUAAAAACGUUUAUUAGUAUUACAAAUAUAA